GCUCUAUUAUACCCGUAGAAGAUGACGAUAAAUUUAUGAAGGUUGUAAGAAAAUAUUAUGAGCGUAGUGUCGAGGCGGGCACAAUCAAAAAGCUGCGAAACGAAUACAAAAACCUGUGAAAUUUUCACCAAACGGUUUUCCUGUCACUCAACGCUAAAUUAACUGCAGUUUUCUUCAUUACCUUCUCCCACCAUAUACACCAUAAACAAUCAUACCAUAGUCAAUUUAAUGCUAAAUUUCUCAUAUCUACGCCGCCCCCAAAUUUAUAAACUUGCUGCUGUACUUGAGACUAAGAGAUUGGUCCAUCAGGACACCGUCAUUCAAAGCCUUCGCGACAGACUUUCUCUUCAGAAAGCAUCAGAGCUGAAGGUAGAGGCCAUAUCUACUGGAGUUCAAACGUCAGGCACAAAGACGGAGGUCCUGGAUCGUAUCAUUUCACAGUACAACGAUGUUAUUUCACCCAAUGUAACGACAACCGGUCUAAAAAUGGUUCCUGAAUCUGUGAUAUCAAUUGAUGUUGGGUACCGAAAUCUUGCAUUUGCCCACGUCACUAAGGAAAAUCAAGUAUUGCGCUGGCAGCGAGUUGAUUUGGAUAUUGAUAACCAUCAUCCGUCGCAUAGUGCUAUCUCCGUUACUCGAUUUGUCCGCCAACAGCUACUGAUAAGUAUCGAAAAAGAGUGUGCUAUCGUCAUCGAAAGACAGCGGUUCCGCUCCAUGGGAGGACACUCGGUUCUAGAACAUACUUUAAGGGUCAAUAUGGUGGAGGCGAUGCUUUGGAGUGCUAUACAAUGUAUGACUGGACCAGACAUAGCGAAGGAAGCCAUCAAUGCCAUUGCUGUCGAAAAAUACUGGAGUAUGACUGAACCUGAUUUCAGUACGCUUUCAUCGGCAGAGUCAAAGACACCGAAUCGGUCCAAGAAAAAGAGAAGUCAAGACUUGGUGACCCACUGGUUGGACACCAAUGUAUUGGAUUGUAGCCCUAGCCUCCGGACCAUGUUCAGUGCCGAGAAAAAGAAGGACGAUCUUAGUGAUAGCUUAAUACAAGGUGUUGCUUGGCUGAAUUGGAGGAAACAUAUGAAAAAAUGCAUUUUAGAUACCCACUUGAAUGAUUGAUUUGCAAGAAUUCAUUUUCAAACAUUUAUAUCGCAUUAGGCAUCGAUUUGAGCGUGCAAACUAUUUAAUCACUUUCAAAUUAAUAAUGAACGGGCCACUUAAUAUCAUUUCACUAAAGAGUAACC